AUGUUGUCAUUAGUGGAGCAAGAAUUUGGGGUUGUGUGCACAAAAGUUGUUCAUUCGCCUUGUGAUGUCAAAAUCAAUUUGGAUAUUAAAAAUGAGUGUCUAAGCUCCUCCAGUCGCUUCGCUGAAACGUCUAGAUGUGACGAUUUUGAAGGAAACCCCUUAAAAAUUGAAAAAAUAGCGAACUUAUCGAUUGAGUCAAGUUUUACUGACUCACAAAAUGAAUCUACAGGGCCACGCUCAAGAUUCUUUGACUUUAAAGGACUCAAACCUCUGGAGAAUAAACCUUUUGGAGGGUAUAUCGAUAACGUACUUUAUUUUGUACGUGAAAAGGGUGAACAAUUCAUUGGGUUAUUUCCAAGGACUAAGACGUCCAAAAGAAUUCUACGCAUAAGUUCCGAGUUUAAUGCUGAUGUAAAUCAUUCAAUUAAAGAAUUAUCUCAAGAAUUAAUGCUUUCUUUUCCCGAGUUUGUUUGCACUUUCGAGUGCAUGUACAAACUGUCUCAUGGGGUAUUCGAAGCUCGAUAUGAAACAUGUGAAGACAAAGUACUUAGUCCCCCUCCAUCUUUUGUUUCUGGAGAAUUGACUGUGAAUAUCACACCCUACAAGUCUAAUGAACUGAUCUCAAACAUUUUGGAGGAAAUACGCAUUUUAAAAGAUUUAUAUCGAGCUUACGAGUGCGACUCAUCAGUUUGGCUAGCAAACUCUGUUGUUAAUAGUGAACAAGUCGAGGCUGAGUUUCCGAAUAUAUUCAAACCAGUUAAACUUAAUAAAGUUGAUCGACCUGAUGGAAGGGCUUGUGGUGUCAAUUUUAAUCACCUGCUUUCUGGACGAAAACUGGAUUCAUCUGAAGCUAUUUGGAAUGCAGUUAAAGCAUCGCCAAAUAAACUAACCUUCAGAACCCGCAUUGAAAGUGCUUUUGAGUAUUUAAUCGGCAAAAAUGAGCCAAUUCAUCUUGCUAGCCACAACCAUACUCAACUCGCUUGGAGACUACGUCAUCUACAUGAUUCCACAAAAACAUACGGUCAAAAUCCCUAUGGACUUUUUAAUUUUGGUAUCGAAACCCUUAUCGAAAUUGGUCUCUAUAAAGUAAUAAACGACUGUGUUUAUCUUCUCGAGAGUAUGAUUCCAGAGUCCUCUACAUUUUUUGAAAGUGAAAAACAAAGUGGAUGGAAUUUAGAAAGUCGAUGGGAUGUAUUACACCAUUUAUAUAAGUCUGUUUCAUUUUUGGUAUGUCUUGGAUCAAUGAUAUCGAAAUCAUCUUUAAUUUCUGAAUUAAGAAAAAUUAUGGUUCAAAAGGCGCAAAAAAAUGAAUGGAGAUCUGCACUGUACGAGCCUGAUAAUAAGCCAUUUUGUAUGACUCAUAGUUUCUCUCUACUUGUCUCUGAGUUAAUUGUCCCGGUAUCGGAGUUACCUCCAGAUCUUUGGAUUAUGCGCAUAGAUGCCAAACAUCCUGUGCCCACAUCAAUACGCAUUAUUUACGAAUUGGUCACAAAAGACGGACUAGAACAGUAUGCAUGCCAUAAGUUACGAAUGAUUGACAGUUACUGGCCGAAUAUGUCAUAA